GAAAGACAAACGACGCCACCCCCUUCCAAAUGGCGCCGGCGGGCCUCAAAUGCGCAUGCUCCUCUUUUCCGCAAGCUCACGUACUACUCGGCUAAGACUCGGGAGCAGCGAUCCUGGGACCACAACUCCCGAGAUGCCCCGCGGUCAAACGCAUCACAAUGCUUUUGGGCCACACUGCCCCCAACUGCUGGGAGACGGGAGUUUCAGCUGUGGGGAGGAGGAGGAGGAGGCAGGGAGACGGUGAGGGGCGGGGCUGGGCGGCGGCGGCGGGCGGCGGCGGGGAUGCUACGAAGGAGAAGCAAAAGCAAAGCGAGAGUGCACUUUGCUUCCGAGAUUUAUGGACCAGAAGACUACAAGGAACUUGCAAAUGAGGUUGCCAACAAAAUCCUUAUGUACUUGAGAGAUACAACAAGAUGGAAAGGAAUAAGAAAAGAUAAAAAUGUUACAGUGUCAGCAAAGCCUUCAAGCGACUUUGCAGGACUCAUAUACCGUGUUGAAGCAGUUUUAGACAUGCCAGCUGCUAAAGUCUUUCCAUUAGUUUACGUUCCUGAGUACCGCUGCAUGUGGGACAAAGGGCUGCAGUCGUACGAGGUUAUAGACAGAAUUGACAAGGACACAUUCAUUGUUCACAGUAUUACCCACAGUUUUGGCUUGGGGAUGAUUUCACCCAGAGAUUUCGUCAUCAUUGUGCAUAUUAGAAGAUACGGUGGAGAUUUUUUUACCACAAACUCUUGCAGUGUAUAUCAUCCAAACUACCCUCCGACUUCCCAUUAUGUUCGUGGUAACAGCUUUCCUUGUGGCUAUGCAUGUUAUCCCAUGCAAGGGAAUCCAAGCCAAUGCAUAUUUACAGCACUUCUCCAGGUGGACUUAAGAGGAACGUUACAUCCUUCAGUGGUAAAUUCAGUCAUGCCUAUUAACCUUGUAAACUUAAUCACAGAUGUCAAAACUGGUCUUAGGACAAUAAAGCUUUAAAGACACUAAAGCAAAAUACCCCCAUACAGUCCUACCAGGGGUGGAAGGAAAGAUGUUCCUUGUUAACACGUAUGCAUCUGUCACUGGAGUCUGGUUUAAUUUAAAGGCUCAUAUGUCA